AAUGUUGUCGACUGGUUGAAAGAAAUACCUGAAGUGAUAAUUGGUAAAAGGCUCGUAUCAACACUUUUAUCAAGAUACGUAUUGCUGGAACAAUGCGCACAUUCCAUUUUAUAUCCGGUCCUUUUACGCCCUUCAGAUAUGGAAAAUAGUGAAAAGCGAAAUGGACUAUUAUCGUUUGAUGGUUUUCGUAAAUGGGUCGUUCCUGAGGUGCUGCGCAUAUUUCCUGUACAUGAUAAGUCAGUACGAAUUGCAUUGCUCAACCACUUUCCGUUGUAUAUCAACUACUUUACACAAUCACAACUCACUAACGUUAUUCUACCCGAGUUAAGACUAGGCAUGUGUGAUUCGGACGAUGACUUAGUGAGCGCAUCGCUGCACUCGAUGGCACAUCUUGUUCCCAUUCUUGGUGGUUCUGCUGUCACUGGAUUACCGCAUAAGAAAUCGUUUGCCGAUGGAACACCCAAAAAAGAAGGUUUAUAUUGCCGUGAGAAUGUAUUGCGAUCGCAUGUCUCUUCGCCACUCAUAGUCUUGACACCAACAAUUGACACGAAGAAGGAUGAUAACAGUUACUCGUUAUCACCGUCGAAUAAUUUGUCUCGAUUAUUGAGCGAAGAUGACGAUUAUUAUGAUGCUCACGAACGGAACAAUAUCAAACUGCGACUGAUAUCGACAAACGAUGAUGAAAUCUGCGCAUCGUCAUUGAGCACUUCUGAGUUGCAAUCGAACGAGCAAAUGAAUGAUGCCGUGCAAAGUGAAUGGUCAACAAAUUGGGGUAGUGAUGGCAAUGAGGAUGAAAAUGACACCGAAUAUGAUUCACCAGCAUCGCUGUCUUCGCCGAUGUCACCGUUAGAACCAAUUUCAGCCAGUCAACAUGGUGAUGCAUCAAAUCUUCAACCAUAUCCGCAUAUCGUCAAACAAUCAACGCCAACUGAUAUGAGGAAUGACACCGAUGAAGCGGAAAAGUCAAAAGAUGAGAACUGUACGGUUGAUGAUGAUAUUGAUUAUUUCGCUGAUAUGGAACCGAUUAUUAAAAAAACGCCAUCACUGAAUGAGUAUUCGACCAAGCAGCCUCAUGAAUCGAUCGCAAGUAAUUUCACGAGUCGUUUCAGCAUAUUACCAGCUGAUGAUCCCUCUACAACACCCGAUGCAAAUGCAAAUAACUAUGGAGCGUGGGAAACAACAAUAGAUGAUUGGGAUGCAGACUGA